CAGUAGCUCUUUUUUCCUACACGACGUGAACGCAGCUUCCUGCAGCAACAAUGGCCACAGUCUGUCAGACCUGGAGACCGGACCGAGGACGAGGCUUCAAAACACACGCAAUAGUGAUCGUUCUGUUCAUGGACCUGGUCCUACAGUGUGUUAACGGUUACCUGAGCUCUCCUCAUGUUGGCCAGGAGCCUCCCUACACCAGAGAUGCCCAGCAUGUCAUCACCAGCCCAGUGGUCCCUGCUGCAGCUUCAGUGUCUCCUGCAGAUGAAGACAGCUACACUUCCAAGUGUCCCAGUGGGGGUUUGUGUAGUCGCCUGCCUGCUGAUUGCAUGCACUGCAAUUACCAACCCAACUGCACCUACAGAAAACCAGCUAACUUCACUUGUAAACCCAAAAAAGGAGUUCACUGUAUAGGAGAGUCGGGACAGCAGCAAACCAACUUCUCUCUCUCCAUCUCCUGUCAGUUCUGCUGGCAGCUGGACCCGUCCGAGUACCGCUGCUCAAACUCUACCAACUGUAUGACCGUGUCCUGCCCACGCAAGCGCUACAACGCCACCUGCGACGUGUUAGACCAUGUACAUUGUUUAGGUAAAAGACGUUUUCAGAAACGUUUAUUUUGUAACUGGACUGGCGGAUACAAAUGGUCAACGGCAUUAGCGCUCAGCAUUACGCUCGGUGGUUUUGGGGCUGAUCGGUUUUAUCUGGGCCAGUGGAGAGAGGGUCUGGGCAAACUGUUCAGCUUUGGAGGCCUGGGCAUUUGGACUCUGAUAGAUGUUCUCCUGAUAGGGGUUGGUUAUGUGGGACCCGCUGACGGUUCUCUGUACAUCUGAAGCAAAGCUCUGGAGGCAUGGCUGGACGGUUUGUGCCCUCUUUCCCUCUUCACGCCGCUUCACUCUCAAAGAUUGAAGAUCUGAGAUGCUGUGUUCUUGGCACGUUCGCCCGCCCGAGCUCGCUGUGCAACACGUCCUCGCCCCAUCUGCUAACAGGCAGGAAGUGUUUUCCUCAUUACACCAACGACGACUCUACCCACACAACCAUCAGAUCAAUCCCAAAUCAUUCUGCAUCCGUCUCCUGUUGAGAUUCUGCAGAUGGAUUCUGUGCACGGGGAUGUGGAGCCGGUCAUUAUGUCUAUCUGGUCGGUGUGAUUUAACUGGUGGUUAGACUCCCGUCACGCUGAUAUAUAGAUAGGUUUGGCUUCCUGUGGAGCAGUGCUGUCACAGACAUCCUGCCACCUUGGAGCCGCGUGUUACUCCUUCCUUAUUGCAAUGUCAGUGAAUCAAUGGGGGGGGUCAAAUGGUAACCAUGGCUACAGAGCUCUUUAAGGUGGCACCAGACACAAUAGACAAGCUGAAAGGUAGUAUUUAUGUCCUGAAAGAAAGCGUGAAUAUGCAGAAAGGAAUUCAAGUUUUUAUUGACAACAGACAGUUGGUCUCGUGGUUCAGCGGUUAUUUUACAUCUUCUUUAUUUUUCCCCACAUUGAGUCAGAAACAACUGUAAGAACAUCGCCUUAAGGGCUAGAUAAAUUGUACCAUUUCUUUUUAUAAGCUCAAAUCAAAUGUUGGAAGUUCAUUGAUAAAGUUCAUAUGUUGUAAAAAAAAAAUACAUAAAAGUUACUGUAUAUUCAAACUAAUAGAGAACCAGAAAACUCUCAUUUCUGUCAUCACUUACUGCAACACAUAGUCAGAUUUUUUGGAAACGCAGAGAUAAUCAUCUUUAACCGUGUAGUCUAACACUUCAAACGUGUUGCACUAGCAAACUGCAGUUACUCGUGGUUUCCCGUGUUGGAGAUAUUGGAGAUAUCCUGCGCCUUCAGCUGGUAUUGUUCCUCACUCGUUAUCACUCUUCACAUUUGUAAAAGGAAUUCUGUGUACUAACACUGUAAGAUCUUUGCUUGAGACUGUGUGGCACAAACGGGCUCACCUCUUACUUCAUGUAAAUAUGUUUUCUGUUUUCUGUUUUCAGCGUCGAGUCAUUUUAAUCGGUUUCAAACACUGUAAAUGACAUUUUUUAAGUUAUCUAAAUAAAAUUGUUAAAUAUUA